GUACACAUCCAAACAAAUACAAGUUCUGCACUUCGGCCCAAUUAUUCACAGGCCCAAUCCCUGGAAAAGUGAAAACGCACGAUCUCAUUGUAGGAUAGGAUUUCUGGUCGUCCCCCGUAUCCGCAAAAUUUGCGAUGACUACCCAACACGUGGAACGUUUGAGAGACGACGACGACGACGACUCUUGACGAGUUGACUCGUGGAGUGCGAUCCUUGUUUGUCUAAUUUAAUGAUGAUACGGAGCAAGUAUGAUGCUGGUCUAUUCGAUCGUCGACGAGCUUUGAUCUUGUCGGUGUUUAUUGCAUGAUGGCUUCUUCUUCAUCUCCAUCCGGCGAUCCCUGUGAGUAUGAUGUCUUCCUCAGUUUUAGAGGAGAAGACACCCGCAAGAUCUUCGCCGGCCAUCUUUACAGAGCUCUGCAACACAAAGCAAUCCGCGCCUUCAUCGAUUCUGAAGAGCUCGAAAAAGGCAACAAUAUUUCAGAGCUACUCACAUAUAUUGAGAAAUCAAGGCUUUCGAUUGUCGUUUUAUCUCGAAACUAUGCAUUUUCCACUUGGUGCUUAAAAGAGCUCGUCAAAAUCCUGGAUUGCAUGGAUAAGAAGAAGCAGAUGGUGCUGCCUAUCUUCUACGAUGUGGAUCCCUCUGAUCUACGGAAAAUCAAAGGAAAAUAUGCAGAAGCUUUUGCCAAACAUGGAGAAAAUCCUAACAUUGACAAGGAAGAGGUGAAGAGCUGGAGGUCCUCUGUAAAUAGAGUUGCGGAUCUAUCUGGCUGGGAUUCGACCAAAUAUGAGGAUGACGGCAAGCUUAUUGAGGAAAUUGUUGCAAAUACUCAUAGAAAGCUGAUCCAAACAUCGUCCAAUAAAGACAAUGGCUUGGUUGGAAUGGAUUCCCACAUUACAGAAAUGAUGUCAAGAUUAUGUCUUCAGGUGAAUGAUGUUCGUGUUGUUGGAAUAUGGGGUAUGGGCGGUCUAGGAAAAACAACCAUUGCUAGAGCUGUUUUCGAUGAAAUUGCUCGGCAAUUUGAACACUCCUGCUUUCUUGGUAAUGUCAAAGAAGCUUUUAAAGACAAGCGUGAAGUAAAAAAAAUGCAGCAAGAACUUCUGUUCAAAUUGUUGAAUGAAAAGGUAAAGAGUGUAGAUUUGGACAAAGAUAGGAAUGUGAUAAUGGAAAGGCUGGGUAGGAAAAAAGUCUUAGUUGUUCUUGAUGAUGUGGAAACUGUUACCCAAAUUGAACACUUGCUUGGUAAACCACAUGCAUUUGGGGAGGGAAGUAGAGUCAUUGUGACAACUAGAAAUAAGCAAUCACUCAGUAGAGUUGAUGAGACAUAUCACCCCACGAUAUUAAGUGAUGAAGAAGCUCUUGAGCUGUUUAUGAAAUAUGCCUUCACAAGAAAUCAACCCAAUGGAGACUAUGAUCAUCUCUCAAGGCAUGCCAUAGAAUAUUCUAAAGGUUUGCCUUUAGCACUUAAAGUCUUGGGGGCUUUUCUUGAUAACAAAAGUGUGCCUGAAUGGGAAGCAGUGUUGGAGAAAUUGAAGAAAAUCCCACAAAUAGAAAUUCAGGAUGUGCUUAGAACAAGCAUUGUUGGACUAGACGAUUUUGAUAGGGACAUAUUUCUAGAUAUUGCAUGUCUCUUUAGGGAAUGGAACACAGAUUUUGUAACAGAAUUACUAGACAGUUGUGGCUUCUAUCCCCGCAAUGGAUUAAGGGUUCUAGUUGACAGAGCACUCAUAACUUUGUCAUUUGACAGAGUCAACAUGCAUGAUUUACUACAAGGAAUGGGUAGAGAAAUCGUCCGCCUAGAAUCUCCUAGAGAACCUGGGAAGCGCAGUAGGUUGUGGAGUUAUGAAGAUGUUAAUUGUGUAUUAACUCAAAAUAUGGCUACGGAUGCAGUUGAAUGCUUAGUGCUUGACUUGUCGAACUCAGAAGUUGACCUAUGCAUAAAUACUGGAGCCUUUGUACGAAUGAAGAAGCUAAGACUACUCAUAAUCUAUUAUUCAUUCUACACCAUAUUUGAUGAUUUUGAAGAUGAAGAUUAUUCUGAUUUUGAGGAUAUUUGCCCAGUCUAUGGCUGUAAACAACUCUCGAGGGGGGACUUCGAGUUUCUUUCUCAAAAAUUGAGGUUACUCAUAUGGCAUGGAUGCCCGCUUAAGUCUUUGCCAUCAACCUUUAUCCCGGAGAAUCUUGUUCAGCUUGACAUGCGUGCUAGUCACAUUCGAGAACUUUGGGAAGGAAUUAAGCCCCUACAAAAUCUGAAAGUCAUCAAGUUAAGUCACUGUCAAUACCUUGUCAAAAUCCCCGACUUAACUGAGGCCAUAAAACUUGAGAGAGUACUUCUUGACGGCUGUUCAAGUUUAUUUGAGGUUCAUUCAUCCAUUUCUGCUCUUGAAAACCUUCAUUUCGUGGAUCUAAAGGGGUGCAAACAGCUUAAGAUUCUCCCAAGCUGCAUUCAUAUGAAAUCUCUACGGGCACUUAAACUUUCGGGCUGCGCAAAUCUUGAAAAGUUUCCAGAGAUUGCAGAUGUUAUGAUGGAGUUAAAAGAGCUUUAUCUAGAUGGGACUGCAGUUAAAGAACUACCCUCAUCUAUUAACAAUCUCACUGGGCUUCGUGUUUUGGAUCUCACAGAUUGCACAGAACUUAAGACUCUAUCAACCAGCAUUCAUAUGCCUUAUCUUCAGACCCUCGAACUCGGUGGCUGCUCAAGUCUUGAAAAGUUUCCGGAGAUUUCAGGAAUCAUGAAGGAGCUAACAGUGCUUUGUUUAGAUGAGACUGCAAUUAAGGGACUUCCCUCGUCAAUUGAUCUACUUGAGGGGCUUGAAGAAUUAAGCAUGCAGAACUGCAAAAGCCUUGUCUCUCUUCCGGACAGUAUCUGUAAUUUGCCAGCCCUUAAACAUCUGGAUCUCACGGGUUGCACAGAACUUAAGACUCUAUCAACCAGCUUUCAUAUGAGUUCUCUUCGGUACCUUUACCUCGAUGGCUGCUCAAAUCUUGAAAAGUUUCCGGAGAUUUCAGGAAUCAUGAAGGAGCUACCAGAGCUUCGUUUAGAUGAGACCGCAAUUAAAGGACUUCCCUCAUCAAUUGAUCAUCUUGAGGGGCUUAAAGUAUUGAGUAUGCGGGACUGCAAAAGCCUUGAAUUUCUUCCCGACAGUAUCUGUAAUUUGGCAGACCUGACACAUUUGGAUCUGUCUGGGUGCCCAGUAUUUCAUAACUUGCCUGAGAAAUUGGGGGACUUAAAAUCCUUACAGGUCCUUAACGUAAGGGAUAGUGGUAUAAAACAACUUCCAUUGUCUAUUCUACGUUUGGAGAAGCUUGUACGUGACGGAUUAUCAUGUAGUGGAUGUAAAGAGAUGAUCGCACGCUUGUCAGCAUGGCCAUCAUCAAUCGAAGGGCAUUGUAGUUACUCUGUUCUGCUACAUGUUGAUUUAAGUGACUGCAAUCUGUUGGAGUUAUCGGAUGGUAUUGCUCAUUUAUAUUCAUUGAAAACAUUAAAGCUGUGCCGAACCAACUUGGAGAGCUUACCUGUGGCAAUGAAUCGGCUUUGUUGUUUAACGCAUCUUGAAUUGGAAGCUUGCAGGAGGCUGAAAUCAAUACCAGAGCUUUCAUCGAGUAUAAAUUACAUAGAUGCACAUGAUUGCACAGCUUUGGAAAAAGUUUCAAUGCCAAAGCCUCAGGACAAGACUUAUCAUUUCUUUACAUUUUCUAAUUGCCUUCAGCUGGUACAAACAAAUCUAUUUACAGAUAUUGUGGAAAGACAUUCACAUUUGCAGGAUAAUUACCUGCGACCUCUUCAGUUGAAUAUGUCUCUUCCUGGGAGUGAAGUUCCCGAUUGGUUCAACCAUCAGAGUAGGGGAUUUUCAGUGAGUGUGCAGCUACCACCAAAUUGGUUUGACAGUAAGUUUUGGGGAUUCGCUAUCUGUGCUGUUCGUGUAUGCCAGGGACUUAUUGAUGAUACAUCUCCUUUAUCUGCUGCUUGUGUAUGUACCUUCAAAGGAAAUCGUGGCGAUUAUAUUAAUGAUGAUACAUCUCCACAAAAUCGUAGUUUCAGUUUUGAUUUGCUCAAUUCGGGUUUCAGAACUGAUAGAUUCUUUGAAUCAGAUCACAUGUUCCUGGGAUAUGUGUCGUGGUCUGAAUGUCGCCUGAUUGAAAUAGGAAAACUGGUCAAUGAAGCCUACACUGAGGCCACAUUUCAGAUUGUAGCCUACAAUGAAUUCAAAACAGAACAGCUCCGCAUCACAAGCUGCGGAGUUCGUUUUGUAUAUGCUAAUCCAGAUGAAAUGCUGGAUCUAAACAUGCCGCCGCCCCAAGUUCAUGUGGACAGUUGUGAGACUGGAGUUUGUUUUAUGGACGACCCAUAUGAAUUCACAAACAAAGAAACAGAGAGGGUAGAGAUUUCGAGGGAGAUAAUGUCAUCGGAGACAGCGGAAGGGAUAGACACCUGCCACACACUGCAACUGUUUCCGGAACAACAGAUAGAGAGGAAAGGAGAGAAAGAGAUAAUGAAGAUGACAGAGCAGGAGGAUGGGGAGGGUUUCCGGGUGUUAAGUCCUGUAUGCUUCUGCUUCUCAUUGUCUGGGUGCACCAUGUGUUCGAGAAAGAGAGAAACAGAAAGAGAGGGAGACAGAGUCACCAGAGUCUCUGAAGAUGGUGAGUUGAGCAGCCAGAGUGGUCUGGUGGUGCCAAAUUCAGAGACUGAGAGAGAAGAAGAGAGAGUUGAGGGAGGGUUCAAUAAUGGGAGAGGAGUCAUCAACUGGAAGAGGAUUGCUAGGGUCACUAUGCAGCUGCUUUUAUUGGCUGGGUGCAGUAUCGCGUUGAAACAGACGACUUUGGUUCGCAUGAAAGGAAAAAAGAGCAGUUAGGAGUUUAGGACGGCUAAUGCAUUUCUGUGCUGUCGUUGAUGCUCAUGGAGACCCUCAUAUAAUAUAUCCUUGUUGCUGUAGUAGAAUUUCAGCAAAGACGAGUUGGGCUAUGUCUGGAUGCACUAUGUCUUUGGGAAACAGAAACAGAAAGAGAAGGAGAAUGAUGAGUAUCUGAUGAGUUGGGCAGCCACAGUGGUCUGGUGGUGCUAAACUCACAGAGUAAUGGCAAAGACGAGAAAGAAUUGAUGGGGGAGGAGUCAUUGGCCGGAAGAGGGUUGUUAGGGCUACUAUGCAGCUGCUUUCACUGGCUGGGUGAAGUAUGGCGUGGAAACAGAGAAGUGCCAGAAGCAGAUGACUUUGGCUUGCAUGAAAGGAAAAAAGAUUAGUUGAAGAGGUUAUAGUGGUGAUCCAAGGUUGGGCAUGCAAACUUUUCAGGGGAGAUGCAUAUGUUUGGAUCAUCUGGAAGGGCAUAGCAACAGAAGGAAAGUAUGCCUCAGUGAUUUCAUUCCGUCUUCAACAGAAUGCCCGUUGUACUGGUACUAACAUUAAAGCGGCAAACGCCAGGGUAUUUAGCUUUUAUUGUGAUUUCUUGUGUAUGUGAGACAAAAGUUUAGCACCAUACCGCCAUACGGUUGCCUUGUUGAAGAAAUUGAAGAAAGUUUGCUCAAUUACCCUCAUCUUCUCUCUAAUGAACUGUCUCUCUGCACAGAGAAGAUAAAGAGGAAAGCAGGAAAGGAAAAAGGAGUCUGGCAUAGUGUUAUCAUAGGUGAUCGCAUCUUAUAACCUGUGAUAACAUUUGAAUCUCGCCGACUUCAGGCGAGUUUCGACUCUGCUAUGAGGAGCAUUACAUCUCGACGUCGUUUUGUUCGUGUGAAGCCUUUGGCGCAAUAGAUGCGAGUGGCAACAGCGUGUUUCAAACUUACGAUCUUGGCUUUGACAGCGACGGCAAGUCCGAGAGCAGCGCAACGGUGCGUGUGGGUUUUGCCCUUGCACACACGUGGGCUAUUUGGUGGGUUUUGUCCUCACUGAUAUAGUUCCGACUACAUCCGAUUAUAAAUUACAUUGUGGGCUUGAGAAGAUCUAGUGCCUCCAGAUUCUAUAGCGAUGGUUCUGCGGUGUCUUUUGAGGUGGUGGAUGCCUCUGGGCCUCACACCUUUAUUGUCCCCUAACAAAGUUGCAUGAAGUCUCGUUGUACUUUUCUUCUAGCGAGAAUUUAUUAAAGAUGGCGUUUUACCAUCUGGGUAAAAUGCUUGUGGUAGUUUUGAAGCUUAGAGCAUCUCUAACAGUAAAAGCUAUUUUUUUAGUUAAA